UAUGACUCGAAGUGUUUGUUCAUGUUAUGAAGUUGUUUAUUGUAAUGUCUUAUAUACUGAUGAAUUUCCACCUAACGAUCUUAAAAUAUCUAGGAUAACGUUUAGCCUACAUCUCAUUACCCAACCACGUAACCAUUCCUCAGCAUGGGAGGAAAUUCCAUUCAAUUUUAUAGUCAUUGUUUGGUGAAUGAGAGUUUACGACGGUAAUUAGUAACAGCAAGUCAGAUGAAUGAAUGACUGAUUGAAACCUUACUUGUUAGUUUUACAUUACAUAUUUCAACAAUGGGGUCAGUUGCUUUGGAGGAAUAUGAACUCAUGAAGGAUUCAAAGUACAGAGUGUAUGUCUCAGCAGUAGACAAAGCCUUGAAGAAUUUUGAAUAUACAAGUGAAUGGGCAGAUCUUAUAUCAGCCUUAGGAAAGCUUAACAAAGUGUUAUUAAGUCAUAUGAAAUUUCCUGUUAUUCCACGCCGCAUCAAAAUAAGCAAGCGUCUGGCCCAGUGCAUGCAUCCGGCUUUGCCGUCUGGUGUCCAUCUGAAGGCACUGGAAACAUACGACAUCAUUUUCAAAUGUAUGGGCACAAAUAGACUCAGCAAUGAGUUGUUCAUUUAUAGUGCUGGUCUGUUUCCUCUGUUGGGUCAUGCUGCAAUGAAUGUACGGCCAUCUCUUCUAACUGUAUAUGAAACCCAUUUUGUUCCACUUGGUGAAAGGCUGCGACCUGGACUUAGUGGGUUUCUUAGUGGUGUUUUACCUGGUCUUGAAGAGGGUUCUGACCAUUUUGACAGGACCAACUCAUUGCUUGAGAAAGUAUGUAAUGAGGUGGGAAGAAGUCAUUUUUAUGGUUGCCUGUGGGAAUGCUUGGCAUCUAAUAGUGGGAUUCGCCUACCUGCUAUAUCUUUUGUGCUGUCUCACUUCAACAAGAAACACACUAUGGAAGACCAGUUGUAUAUAAUGGGUACUAACAUUGAUGUCAUGGUAAAUGCAUUGUGUGCUGGAGUGCAGGAUUCAAGUGUUUUAGUUCAAAGGAGUGCUCUGGAUUUGCUCCUAGUGGGUUUCCCCAUGCACAAUAGCCAACUGGUUCGAGCAGAUAUGGUAUGCCUCGUUACAGCUGCUCUUGUAACUAUUCUCCGGCGUGAUAUGUCAUUAAACAGGAGAUUGUUUGCAUGGCUGUUGGGAUCAGAAGUCAACAUUUCAUUACUGAGUUCAGAACAUCCUUUAGUAAAGAAAAGUAAGAGCUCUGAAGGAUCAAGUAGUAACCUGUAUUUUGAUAUGUAUUCAAGAGAAAUGCUAAUUCAGGCUAUCAAAAUUACUUUGAGUCAAGGAGAGGGAGAAUCUCCUCACGACUUACGUCCUUACAGGUUGUUGGUGUCACUGCUAGAUAAGCCUGAUAUUGGCCCGGUUAUACUGGAUGAUAUUCUAUAUGAAGUAUUCAGAGCAUUAUACCUGGCAUGUGAGAGUAAUGAUGACAGUUUUGGAAAGGGUGGCGGAACUAUGCACAAAGGAAGUCAGGAGUUGCUCAAGAGUGCCAACUUGUUCUUCAGUACCCUGGAACCAUGCUACAUUUGGAUAUAUGCUGGAACACUGUUUGAUGAAGCCUGUGAACAGCAAACAACAAAUGAUGAGACAGCAAGCCCAGAGAAUGGGUCAACACCCAAAGAAGAAGUUAAACCUGUUGGAAGUGGACCACCAAACCUUUUAGAGGUGUGCACCCUAACUGAAUUCCUCUUAGAUGCAGUAUCGUUAGAAACAUACAUGGACACACCCAGUGAACAUCUCCCAGGAUUAUUCCUUCAUGUAGUAACACAGUUAACACUAUAUUGUGAUGCAUUGUUGCCUCAAGAGGUUGCCCGAAGUCUUCAACUUUGUGCCAAAGUUCUUUCCAGAGUCCAGCCAUCAGCAUUAGUCAACCAGCAAGAUAGUGCAAAAAUUUCUGCCCUUGAUCAUUCAGAAGAGAAGAUUAAAUGUAACAUACAAUCUGAUAUUGCCAAAAGCUGUAGUGACGUGUCAAGUGGGCAGUUAAAUUGUAGUAGAGCUAACAGUGACUUUUCAGAAAGUAGCAAAACAGAUAAAGGCAAAACUGAAACAAAGAAGUCAUCUUCCAAAAUGAAAAAAUCUCACAGUGCCAAAUUUCGAACUAAGCAUUCUAAGACCUCCCUCAGUAAUUAUUCCGUAAGUAGUCCAGUUUUGUUAUCUGUAGUGAGGAAUGAUGGCAUGGAGAGAAAUCUUACUGAAGAUUUACAUGCAGAGGUCAUAACAAAGAGUGCUGAGGCUAUCAGUUCAGAAUUCAUGUCUCAUAUGGGGAGAGAGAGUCCAGAUAUUGGAAGUAGAAGUGCUGGACCUUCUAUAGAGUGUGGAUUGAACCAAAUGGACAGCAGUUUAAGUGGACGUGGUUCAUCAUCCAAUAAACCAUUGGUUGUCCCAGAAUUCCAGGUUCCAAGCAAGCAGCAGUCCAUGCUUGAACAAAGCCUAAGACAAUAUGAAAAGUUCUAUGUCAAAUUUGUCGGUGGGCGGCAUGUUAUAAGUGGCAGAAAAAUAUGCGAACUUUUUCAGGAGUUGCUAGUCAUUCUUCCUUGUGAAACUACUGAGAUACGUGCAGCAAAACUUGAAAAUUUGUUGUAUAGGUGUUUAAAUCCUGGUAAAGAAGACAUUUCUUAUUUACAUGACUCUUUACAUUCAUCGUCCAGGUGCACAAGCUUAAAGACUAACAGUUAUGAAAUGUGGGUUAAUCUAAACUCAGUGACUGUGUGUCAGAGUGAGCAGUGGGAGGAGCCAGUGAAAGUUGCUUCAAGCCUUCUAGUCGAAUUGUCUACUUUUCCAACGUAUUGCCUUCCAGGAGGGUCAUCACUGGUCGCAGAUGAACCUAUGGAGCUUACGUCAUUUCCCGAGUGGCUACAAGUAUUAGUUGUGUGUGCAUGUUGGCUAAGCAGUGCACCAGCACUCCAGUUAGUUGCAAUAUCGACACUUCUAGACCUGAUCUCUCUCUUGCGAUCACAGUGUGAGAGUGCAGGAGUCUCUGAGAGUGAACACCAAGGUGUUGUAGCUGUUGUUAUGGUGCCUCUCCUAAAACCAUGGCAUGUUCAGUAUUUAGAACAUCAUACAAAUGUAGUUCCAGUACUGGUGCAUUCUCUGUGGCACCAUCUUGGCCAAUUGAGCUCAGAGCACAAGGUCUCUUGUGUUGAACUGUUACAUCAGUUACAUAAUGUGUUACCCAGUAAUGAUGCUGUUGAAAAUAUCAUAGGUCAGUCUUUGACAGACGAAAAUAUUGAACGCAGAGUAGAUGCUUUUCAGAGGUUUACUCUUCUUUGGCAUAUUGGGCGGGAAGUUGAAACCAAAGCGGGAAUAAAUAGGAAUUUGCGAACUUUUGACAAGUCACUCCUGAAGAUGUUAGAUAAUCUUCAGUUAGCUGAAAGCUGCCCUCUAAAAUUGCAGGCACAAUCAUGGUUACUGCAUUCCCUCCUUCGUGGAGAUAUAUCACGAUUGGUGGAUCCUCUUCUUCUUAUGUUGUUGGACCCUGUCACAGCUCGAAUGAGUGUUCUUCAUGUGAACAUUGAACAUUCAAACACUGUUCUCACGUGUGCUGUGAAAGAUGCAGAAAGUGGAGACAAUCCAGAUGAGAUUUCAGCUACAGCAAAGAUCUAUGCAAUUAGUUCUGUUGAUGGAAAUGUAAUCUAUCAUGUUUCUGACUCCACCGAUCAGAGAAAGAUGAAAGAUCGUAAAGAGGAAAGGAGAAAAGUGACAAGUAAUCCUGUGAGGGCUAAACGAAUAUUUGCUGUAACAACACUUGUUGGGGGAGGAAAAAGAGAGAACCAUUAUAUAACUGAGAAGAAUUCAUAUGUUAAGGAACAUGAAAAUGCUCUUUCUUUAACCAAGCCUCAGGUACAAAAUAUAUCAGUAUUUGUAAAUCCUUUUUCAUCUAAUACAACCAACAGCAAUACUUCUAAUGAUUCUGCAACCGAAGAUGAUUCGAUGCACUUCAGUAAUGGGGAAGUUGUAACAGCACAUAAAUAUAUUCGUAAUGCAACUAGGUUCCAUCAGAGUGAAAUUGGGAGGGAAGAAAAACCAGCUGACAUUUUAGAUUCAAGUAGCAGGAAGGGGUCCAAUCCAGAGUUUGUGGAAUGUGUCUCAAAACUUGAAACAGUUGAUCAGAGACUUGCAACAGGAUAUGAAGAGAGUGUCAGUGGUGGAAAUUUGUCAUCCAAUAGUAAUAUGAAUGAUGGACUUGAAGUGGUUCGUGGAGAUUUGCGGAGAUGGUCUGUGGGGGAUGAGGAAAUGCUUGGAGAUCUGGAAGAAUCUACAACGGCUGAGGAGUUCUUUGGAAAUGGGAGUCCCUGCAGUGGUGAUUCCUCAAGUGUCAAUGUCGUGGAAGAGAUAUUGCAUGAUGUGCUUCACAUGGUGGUCAGUCAAAGUGCUGAGGGCAGUCAGGUUAAAAGUGAGAAUAAGCAACGUUUUGAUAUGAAAUCACCUGGCAAGCAACCAAUGGGAGUUGGAGUUCAUCAGUUGCAUUCACACAUGCUACUCUACUGUGGUGUUUAUGAUUCGAAUCGGACAUUAUAUGCUCUCAGUUCACUUCGUAGCAUCUUGCUGACAAAUGCUCGUAUAUUCCUGUGUGCUGCUGCUGCCACAGGACUUGCUAAUGUUGCCAGAAGCUCUGAUCUUCUUGUGCUACUUGCUAGACAUCGCAAGUCAGUCUUUGGUAGAAGCUUCCAUGGUGAUAUUGCUGCCUCAAGUGGAGAGUUUGGAGCAACAUAUCGAAGCAGCAUGUACCUGGAGGUUUUGAUCUCUGUGUGUUUGUAUUUUGCCAGGAGCUACUAUCCUAAUUUGGGACAGAUGAGACUCACUCAAGAGGAAAUUGCAGGAAAUAGACAGGUACAGCUUGCAAGUGCCGAGAUUCUAAUGCUUAUCUGCUCUGAGUUAAUUUACAUAGUUCGAGACAGUGGCAAAGGAUUUGCUUGUUACAUAGCUGAUUUACUGUCUCGAUGCAAGGUACAAAAGGUGGUUCUUCAUUGUGUUCUCUCCAGUGUUUAUAACAUGAAGUCCAUUGCAAAUAGUCAAGAAGUUCAGUCUCUUAAGUCAUUCUCAGCUGAAGAUCUACCACAACAGAGGACCUUCACAGAGGAAAUAGUAUACUUCAAUGAUCCUGUAGUAGAAGGAAAUGAAAAUGCUGGGAGAUGUAAAUACCGAGGUUCAGAUCAUUCUGAAGGUUUUCAAAUUCAAUUGCUUAGACUUCUCUUAGCACUGAUAAUGCUUGAACACCAAGUAAACUCUCAAAAAGGUGAUGGUGAAACACCUACAGCAAGCAAAGAGGUGGAUCUGACUUCACUGAGCAAAUUUCCUGCAAAUCAGUUCAAGUACAUUGCUGGUCAUGUGAUUCCACAGCAACCAAUGUUCCUUGCAGCCAUCCUUAGUGCUCUUCAGCAGGACCACACAAGACAUUUACACCAGCACUGGACAACUCUGGUUACAUCUGCACUUCCUUUCAUGGCCCAGUCCCUUACACAUGUAGUGAUGAGUGUGGUGAAUCAAUUAUGCUGCAAUGUGGAGAAAAUGUCGGCAGUUUACAGAACUUCUAGUAGUUCAUGCACCCCAGUGGCAUUGUGCUGUCUGCCAGCAGACUACAUGGUGACACAGCUGGAAGCUCUGACUGUGCUUUGCCACUAUUGCCUGCUGGAUAGCACUCAGCAGCUGUCCCAUGCUUUCAGUCAACAGAUGUUGGUUGGUUCUGGAACUAUGUAUAUGGGCAUACCUGGAGCAAAUCCUGGCCAGAUAUUUAAUAACCUGAUACAUGUGUUCAUGCCAACACCAUUACAGCAGGAUCCAGUCCCCAAAGAGAAGCUUGGUCAGUUUGAUCCCCACGUUACAGCAAGGAGGACAGUUCUUAGCAACAUGCCUCGUAUCAUUGCCAGUGUAUCAGUGCUGUGGCAGGCUGUUAUAGCUGGAAAUGAGUGGGAACAUCAGCGUUGUGCACUGGGAAGUCCUCGUGUUGUGAAGCACCAUCUACUUGAAUUCUUCAGUCCUAUUUCUCUUCAUCAUGGCAUCAACUUCCUGGCUGCAAUUGCUGUUGCUUGGCAAGAACGGAAAGGACAACUUUCCCUAGUUGCUAGAAAGGUGGUUCCUACAGCCAGUCCUGAUCAGCAAGUGUUGGUGUACCUAGUAGCAGCAAUUCGUGUCAUGCCUAUUGACACACUUGUUCAGACCGUUCAUCAGGUUGUAAAACAGCCACCCCCAAUACAAGGAGCCAAGAAGGACUUGACUCUAGAAGUGAGCAUUCUGGAGCUGUUCUAUUGCUACAUGCAGACCUGUUCAGGCCCACAGCUUGCUGAAAGCUGGGGCUCACUUAUUGGACUGCUGAGGGAUGGACUUACCCUCACACCUCCAGCUCAAUUUCUCAGUCUUGCCAUCCUCAAUGAAUUUGUUCAGAAGUGCUGUCCACUUGCUGAGAAGAAAGACAUGAGAGACCUACAGGAUAUAACAGCAAAGCUUGUGGAAUCCUGUUCACAAAUUGCUGGAGCUUGCUUAGAACAGACAACGUGGUUGAGACGUAACUUGGCCGUGAGAGAAGAGGAACCUGCCAUAACUUCAGGAACUAAAGAUAAAGAAGGAUCAGGAGUUUCAUGCUUGUCGACAGCACAGUAUAGUGUGCAAGCUCAGGCAGUUCUGGCAGAAUUGCUAGCACCGCUCCUAGAUGUCAGCUACGGUAGCCAGGAAAAAGAAAGGGUUGUAGCAUUGCUCACAGCUUUGAUGUACAACAUUACGCCAUAUCUUAAGAAUCACACUCGUCGCAACAUACCUAGUUUUCAUGCAUGUUCGCAGCUACUGGCAAGCUUGAGUAGUUACCAGUACACUCGUAAAGCAUGGCGUAGAGACGUUUUUGACUUACUUCUUGAUCCAGCUUUAUUCCAAAUGGAAGCCAACUGUCUUCCAUAUUGGAAAACAAUUGUGGACAACUUGAUGACACAUGAUAAUACAACAUUCAGAGACCUAAUGAGUCGAGUGUCUGUGGCUCAGAGUGGUUCUCUAAGCAUCUUCUCCAGUCGAGAACAGGAAUAUGAACAGAGAGCACAGUUACUAAAGAGGCUUGCUUUUGUUAUUCUUUGUAGUGAAACUGAUCAGUAUCACAAGUAUAUGCCUGAAAUACAAGAACGACUAUCAGACAGUCUGAGGUUGCCUCAGGUUGUGCCUUCUAUUCAGGCACAGGUGUUCCUUUGUUUUCGGGUGCUGCUUUCACGAAUGUCUCCACAGCAUGUUACAUCGCUGUGGCCUAAUAUUAUCAGUGAGAUGGUACAAGUAUUCCUCCAUAUUGAGCAAGAAUUGAGUACUGACACAGAAGAAUUUAGAAGGAACAACAGCUCUCAUAUCCGUCUGCUGUCAGCACUGGACUCGUCCUGGGUUGUAAAUAGUAACAAUGGACUUCAUGCUCAUGGGCAUCCCCAUUGGCUCCAACUUCAGUUAGCAGCAGCCAAACUUCUAGAUAUGGCUGUACUUCUACCUGCACAUCGGCUGCCCCAGUUUCAAAUGUAUCGUUGGGCGUUUGUGGGUGCUGCUCAACCUACUAGUCUUAAUAACAAUCAUUCGGAAGAUGAAAUUCCUCAUUCUCCUGAUUUUGUACCCCAUGUGAUGAGGAUAGCUCGCCUCAUGGACCAAAAGUUCCAGAGAUCAGUGCCAGCCUCACCACGAUCUCCUGGCAAAUUGCUGCUGGUCACACCCAGUAUCAAGACCCUGCAAGAACUUCACUUGUUCUUCACAGCUCUCAGUGUUUACUCCCCCUCAGUAACAAUAGCAGAUUGUGGACAGGGCAAGUCAGUCAGUUUGAGCGAACUUGAGGCAGUCAUAGAAAGAGAUUUUCUGGAGAAACUACCUACAAGAUAAUGGAGAAGAGCUUGUAGGAAUCAGGUAGGAAGGUUUUUAACCCCUGGUAAUGUAGAUACUGUAAUUAUAUCUAGCUAAUUAAUAAGUCAGGAUAUUAUAAAGACAGAUCUUAUUCUGCUGGUGUAUGAAGUUAGUAAUGCAGUAUUUGUUUGAUUGUUAAGGCAAUGAAAAGCUCACCAACUUACAAUUACUAUAAGCUGAAGUAAAUGAAAGUUCUUAUUAGGAGUGUAAUUCAUGGAUGGGCUGGGAUUGUAAAAAAAUGUAUACUUGAAAUUUCCUUAAAUUAGACAGUUUGGUAUCAGGAAUGUGAAUUUAUUGUAUGGACAAACAUAACGCUGUUUCCUUGUAUAAACUGUAUCAUUCAGGGAUAAGACUCUGUCUUCAUGGAUUGAGAAGAAUUUUUUAUAUAAUGUAGACAUGGAAGUUAAGUGCUAUGCAGGGAAAGUGGAAGUUAUUGCAGUGUGAAAUAUAAACAGGUCUAGAUUAAUUUCCAGUUGUUAUAAAUAUUAUAUGACACUUUGGAAAUAUUCAGAUUGUAACUAUAAGAAAACUGCCAGUUUUUCUUUUUUAAAAGAAAUUAAAGACAUGAUUUUGAAAGUAUGAACUUCUCAUUAUCAUAUAUUAUAAAAAAAUUUAAAGAGAAAUGGCAUCCAGAACUAACUGUGUGUGUUCUUCCCACAGUUGUAUUUUAUCCAUUUCAGUGUUUUAAGCUUCAUUUGUGGAGAUUAAAUUUUAGAGUCAGUGUUUUGGUAUUAACUGUAUAAGGUAUGAUGUUUGAAAUUUUAAAAGUUAAGUUGAUAGUUAAUGGAUUCAAAAGAUUAACAUUAAACUAUAAAUAACAUACAGAAUAUUGUCCUCAUUAGUUAUUUAUCAUGAUUUAGAAAUUAUUGUAGCAAAUACAGAAUUUUUACCCACGGUGAAACAGAAGUAGUUUGGAUUUUAUAGUUGAAAUUAAUAAUUAAUUUCAACUAAAACAUGUGGUCUGUUAAUCAUUGAUUGCAAAUGCUUGUUUUUUAAUCAUGAGUACAUGAUGACUGGAACAUGUGUAAUUUAUUUCUGUCCUGGUAUCUAUUGGUCUUGUUUGGUUCCUAAAGAAUUUAGAUCUGCCUUUCUUAUAUGUUAAAACAAUUGAGUCCAGAACCAGCUGUAAUUUACAGUCAACACUCUCCAUGUUUUUUAAACAUAUCUGUAUUUUAAUCCUCAUAAGUGUUGUGUUAUAUUCCCAUUAUCAGUUGCUGCUGAAAUGUUUACACCUUUUACAGAAAAGUAGGAUUUUAUGGUUUGUAUUGCUCUUACUAUUUGAAGUUAAUAUGUACAAACUGUAACUCUGAUAGUCACCCGUACUAAAUUUCAUCACAUGGGUUGCAUUCCUGUGAUUGUUGCAUAUAUCGGAAACACGUAAAACAGGAAAAGUAUAACAUGCUUUCCUGAAAGUGCAAUGUUCUAACACUUCAGGAUUAAUUAACUUUUCAUACAUAUUAAGACAUGCGGCCUUUGUAGCAGCUUCUACUGUGGCCACAAAUAGGAUAUUGAUGCUUUUCAUGAUAUUGAAAAAACUGAAUCCAUGAAAAUGUGGAUAAACACAUGUUUAAUGAGUAUCACCUGUAUUACAGAAUUUUAAAUAUGUUGAAUUUCCAUGGAACAUACAUAUGAUUACUGUAACAACAUUAAGAUUUUCAGUAAUCAAAAGUUUUGAAUAUACGAGGGUCGCUCAUUAAGUAAUGCC